CGACCUGUGACUAGGCAGAGAUUUCAGCGGCAUCAAGGACGCGGUAAUACUGGUCAAGCGUGCCGAAUGAUCGCCUAAUGCUCGGUAGGAAACAGGAACACACGACUAGCGCUCCCGGCGACGCGGCGCUCCUGUCACCGCUGUGCCGCCGACACUCGCUGUCAUAACAACGAACGACCUCUUCUGAAUUAACUUCGUUAGCGUAUUGUUAUGGCCCGACCCGCUCUCGACACAAAUAACACCUGCCGCGCCGACCUCCUUCAAACCACACAAUAACUGUUCUGAACUGUGUUAUCGUGCAUAUAUUUACUCACUGUGAUACUUACACUGGACUUAUACCGUUUCCGGAAUUAUUCAAAAAUUUAAAAGCGCUGAAUAAAAACAUAAUAGCUCAUUAACCCGAAACAAUGUAAACUCAGAGGCGGCUUCAUGACAGACGAAUCACGAUCGUGCGACUACGUCAGCUCAACUGGAAUAGAUUCGCAUGUACCGUGCGUGAAAUUAAAGGAUAAACAAAUGAAGUCCGGAGCGGCGGGAAUAAUGAAGCAGUCCGCCUCAGGAGGUGUCAAGCAGCAGACACGAGCGUGACCCGCGCGACGCGACUCGGCCGCGCAGCGGGCCAACUGGGCCAUUCGAUAAGCGUGCCCCAUUUACCUGGAUUGAGCGCGGGCGGCCAGCAGUGCGGCGGUGCAUCGGUGCUGGGCGGGCGUCCACCAUGUCGAGCAAGUCGUUCGGCGCGGGCAGCAUGCGGUCGGCGGGCGGGUCGGUGCGGCUGGGCGCGGGCGCGGGCGCGGGCGCCGGCCACGAGCUGGUGCUGGACGCGCUCUACGAGCGCAAGCGCGACAAGAAGAGCGUGCGCGUGCUCACCGUCAUCAUCUACGUCUUCUGCGUCUCGCUCGCCGCCAUCAUGCUCUCGCUCUACUACGUCUUCUUCUGGGAGCCCAAGGACGCGCAGUACGCGCAGCGCAAGGUGUCUCACACUGUAGACCAGACCAGCACUACACCAAUGCCCACAUGCUUAAUGCCCCACACCGGAGGAAGCGGUAGCACAGUAAACGACUCUUUGAGCUCAACAACUUCAUCUGGCAUCACGAUUGAGACAUCAGACUCUAGUACGUCAGAAUCAACUGUAUCAAGCUCGGAGGCGCCCCUAUCAACUAAAUCCUCUAGUCUUAGCCUCCCGGGGAACAAGACGAGCGGCGAGCGAGCAGACAACUCUAGCGUCACAUGACAAACGAAUUUAGAAUAAUAACAUUCGAAUGUAGUUCCAUACCCUCAAAUAUUCGUAGCGCCAAUCGGUAUAGUCAUGGCGACAGGCUAUUCAAAACUACAAGAGAACUAUUUGCCUAAAACAGGUCAAUGUUUUAAAUCACCAUCUUAUCUUCGAUUCAAGUUUGCUAUGCUCCAGAGCCUGAAAAGGUUGUAGAUUGUUAUAAAAACGCUAUUACCUAUUCAAGAGGAUAAAUCAGUGAUGAGCUGCUUAUACCGAACAAGCAGACCUGGCACUAAAGAAUACGGAUCAAAAACUUUCUGAACAAUAAUUAAAUGAAAAAAAAUGUAUAAAUAUUAUAAUAUAAAAGCAUCACAUGACGUUAAACGGUGCUUCAUUGUAUAGGUAGAACCUAUAUAACCAGUGCCGUGCCGUUUCAACGGUUAACCCCUCGUAUGCUUAGAUACGGAUCCGUGCGUGGGAAUAUCUAUUGUUUUAAAUGUCAAGGUCACUAUUUCAAUGAUCAAAAUUGACAGGCCGCAUACGAGGGGUUAACGAGCAUUUAAAAUUCAUACCUGUCGCCUGCGCUAUUCCGUUCUUAAACCUUAUUGGGUAGUUACACGUAUAGUAUUUAAAAGUUAUAAGCAAAGAGUCUUGAUUUAAUGGAUCGCCGUUACUUUGAAAAACAUCUGACCCCAGGUUAGUGCAAUGAUAUUUUAUUUACAACAGAGCUUCAAACUCAUGAAUAAACAAGUUAAAAAGUAACGAAGUUAAUUUCAUCAGAAAAAUUCGACACUGGUCGAAUAAGCAAACUCAAAUUCAACUCAUUUUAAUUACGAAUUACUUAUGCCGAGUAUGCGGCAAGUUCAAUUGAUCGUGCCUGAAAACCUUUGUUUAUAUAAGUAUAAAGUAAUGUUGGUUUUCUACCCGCUUAAAACUACAUCUGGUACGCGUAUAAACUAAAUGCUGCGCGCGUAUAAGCACUAAGCACGUAACGCCGCAACGACCGUAAAGAAAAAGGCGCUAGUCUGAUACCGCCCUUAGCGUUGCAUGUGAAUGCCGCAUUAGGUGAACUGUAAUUACGGCACUCGUCAAAGUAUCGGCGAUUUCUAGUCACUGGCGCCAAUCACAUCAAAGGCUGAACUAACACCAAUAUUAAACGACAGAUUACUAGUGAUAUUCAUGUAUAAUUUCCUAGUUGCCUAAUUAGCAUAAGGUGAAGGUUAUUUCUUCAGAUAUUUACUAAAAUAAUUUAUACUUAGUGUUAAGUGUUAACAAAUAUGUUUAGAGAUUUAUUUACUCAUACACAUUACAUUAUCGGUGUUAGACCAAGUUGCUGAUCUCAUUUAUUUUGCGUGUAUCGUCUGACAUAUCCUCACCGUAGCUACUGUAUACGUGUAUACCUAGCCUUACCAAGAGUUUGACACUGAGUUUGAGUAACUUACUUCCUUAAUACCUAUAGCUCGUACUAUUGUAAUUUGUAAUAUGCCCGAGAAUGAAAUGAAAUCCAUAGAAAGAUAAGUUACGCAGACGAUCUUAAAUUCUUACGUCAGUGUCAAAUUGUGGCAAGGCUACUAUUUGUAUAGAAUAAGUUCACGUCUUACUAUUUCCAAGUCUCUGUAGUGCCUGUAGAAAUAAGUAUGGUUGGUAAGUUCACGAAACGUGUCCAUGUAUUCAAUACGUCCAUCAGUCUUCUGUAAUAUUAACGAACAAGAGCAAUAAAAUUAUCGAAUGCCUUAAGAAUAGCGGUACUCUUGAUAUUUCCCUCGUGGUGGUAAGCAGAUACUGUAGCCUAUGAAAACUUGAAAGUUUUAAACUCAGUGGUACAGUCAACCAAUUGGAAUCCUAGGCCACUGUAGAACUAUGUCAUAGUGACGUUAUAAAUCAGAUUGUAAGAAAUCUCUCACUGAUUCUCAUUUUGACAUAGUUGUAGAGUGGCCUAGGGUUCCAAUUGGUUGACUGUACUUAUCACAUGAGUAUCAACUUUUAUCUAAAUAUUCGUUGUAUCACUUGAACCAUAGAAAAAAAAAUAGUUUUUACUGCAUUCUGACCACCUUAAACAAAAUUUUAUUUAUGUUGAGUGUUCGUCAACUUUAGUUAAUUAAAUCACAUAUUUCAUUCACAAGUCCUGUACAAGUCGUGUUGUAGUAGAGAACUCAUUGUGUAAUAUAUUUUUAAAUAAUAUUAAA